UUACGGGUUAAGCGUUGGAAGAUGGAAACGGUUUCAAUCAAAGAAUUAGAUUCAUACUAUCAUCUAUGAAACGGGUGAAUUAUGAAUGAGGAUUCAUGUACUUUGAAUAUGACAACAGAGAUGCAAUGGACAGAGCAGAGGCCACCGAUAGAAUGCAAAUUGGGUCCGGUAAAACAGUGGUUGGUUUGUAUGCAGAACGAAUGAAUGAAGAAAAUCCGCAGCGAAAGAAAACCCAGAUGGCAUUCUCUGAUGUACAGAAAUCUACUUCAAGAGCGAAAGAACUGCAUUUGGCGAAGAGGGACAUUGGUCUAUUGAAUGAGAAUAGAAUGGUAGCCGAAUCUGUAAAAGACCAAGCAGAAUCUGAGCUCUACAGUGCUAGGAUGAGGGUGAAGGGUCUCACUUCGAGGAUUGAAGAAUCAAAUUUAAAAGCAAAAGCUCAGAAAUGCGAAGUUGAAAAGCUGCAGAAGCAAGGAAAACAUGAUAAUGUGUUGACAGUCACUUUCAGAAAAGCAGAUGAUUACCAGUAUGCACAAGUGAUGAGGGAAUUGGAGUUUGUAAAACAAAAAUUGAGUAAGCUUAAGCUUGAGAGGGAUUCUGUCCUGGAAGCAAAAUUGCUGGCAGACAAGGAAUUUGAAGACUCGUUUUCUAGAUUGAAGUCGCAUUCAAGCACCGUGGAAUCACUAAUGAAAGAGAUUGAGGAAAUCAAUGAAGAGCAAAUACUUGUUCAGCUAGCUAGGAUAGAAGCAGUUAAAGAACUUGGAACAAUUGAAGCCCAAAGAGAAGCAAAGGCCUCUCAUUUCUCAGAGAAAUUGGAAAGAAUCAGAAAUAGAAUCAAGGACACAACCCAAGAACUAGACCAUGCAAAGGAACUGGAGAGCGAACUGGCCAUUACUAUUUCAGAUGUUGAUGUCUUACAAAAUGAAUUGAAACUAGUUAAGGCAAUGAAAGAAAGGGUUGAGAAUAAAAAAUCAGGUGAUAUCGAAGUCCAUAAAGGAAGGGAAGAGGAACCACAAACUUCAAGGUUAUUACAGCCAAUUACUGGAGAAUUGGAUGCUGCAAAGAAAGAAUUAGCACGAAUCAGAGAAGAAGAAUUUCAAUUAAUGGCCUCUAUGGACAUAAUACGAGAUGAACUCCAGCAUGUGUCUGAAGAAAGUACUCAGCUGAGGACAUUAGAAGAGAAUGCAGACUUGCUUCUACGGAGCUUAAAUUCUAAACUCUUUAGGGGCAAAUCCAAGUUGAAAGCUGCAUUUACUGCUGAAGAGAAGGCAAAAACAAUCGUGUCCAAUCUUUCAGCGACACUUCAACAGUUACAAGCAGAAGCAAAGGCUGCAAAUAGGGAGAGAGAACUUGUUAGUGAAGAAGCUGCUAGCAUCAGAACAGAAAUUCAAGAGACAGAGUCUAAGAAUGGCUUAGCAGAGGACAUGUUACAAGCUGCCAUGAAGGAGCUUGAAGCAGUCAAAGCAUCAGAAGCAAUCACUCUUGAGAGAUUAAAAGCUCUUAGGGAGAAAACCUUGAAGGCAAGAGCUUCAGAAUCUCAGCACAAGUCUUCAGUAACCAUCUCAACUUUUGAAUAUGAAUACUUGACUAGCUGCGCAGAAGGGGCUAAAGAAAUUGCAGAUAAGAAGAUUGUGGCAGCUCAGGCAUGGACUGACGCACUAAAGGCCUCUGAGAAAGAGAUAUUGAUAAACUGUGAAACAGCUCAGCGAGAAAUCAGAGAGUUAAUGCCGGUGAAAAAGCAAGAGGUAUACAGAACAGAGAAGUCAAUGAAGGUGAAGUGGCAACAUUAGUAACACCGAGAAGCUACAAACAUGCAGCUUGAGAAAGCACUGCCAAAAGUCUAUUAAGACAAUGGCAGCAAAACCAAGAAGGCCUAGCUCUGGAA